UGUAAUGUUCUUACCCAAGGAGAGAGUUGUGCGUAGCCGCUCCGACAAUCACCGAAAACGCAGACUGCCAGUUUCCCUGCCCGGAGAAGAACCUCCAAGGCGCGUCAUACCACGUAGCGAUUACAGCGAAGCCUUGCAAGGUCCUGAAGUUGGGCGGGUUCUCGUAUGUGUAGAUCAGGCCUUCGCUGGUGCUAGCAUUGGCGUAAGGCAGACCAUUAUCCUUCGCCUUGUCAAUGUCGUUAGUGAUACGAGUGAACUGGUUGGUAGUUCCGAACAACUUGUACGCCUGGUUGCUCUUCCUCCACACACCCAGCCCCUCGCGGGACGUCUGGGCAGAGUCCUGGGGUGUGAACACGAUAACGCCGGCUCUGUUUGGAUCGGGAACUCGAGUCAAGGGGCCCCGGUCCCAUCGAAUGUCGUCGCGGAGAGGGUUGAACGCUCGAGGCUGGACAAUCCCUGCCGCGCGUUGUUCACCUGGGGCUUAUAUACAGGAGAGUACACUGUCUAUGGCGUGAGCAAACGUGAAGACAUCGUCAUAAUCCAAGCACCGAAUAGUGGCAGGCGGAUACAAAGGAACCCUCAUUUCAAACUUUCUACAAAGUCAGAAGAGACUGAUUCUAGGUCGCAUUCAUGCGAAUGUACGGCAAAAUGUCGAGGACUGCGCUCCAUACAAAGACAUCCUUGUAGCCUUGUACCAUGCAAGUUUUUUUCCCCGAUUUUGGAUACUCAAAAGUUGUGGUCGAAACUGACAAAGAGGGUCGUACGAAUCAAAGAAAAAUCUACACACGCAAUCGGAGUGGCUUUCAAUCGGUGGUUCUUGAGUUCGGAGUUAGCAAAGUAGGAAACCGUUCUCAUCCUAUUGCCCUUUGCAUAACUCCGUGAAAAUGGGUUAUUUUUCUUUUACGGACCGCCCCUAAGAGACUUCGAGCGAGAUCUCUUCAUUAAUUGCCAGUUGACCGGCCCUCAAGUUUUUUUUUGUUGAUUAAGCUGCAAAAAGCAAGAAUGUCAUUACGAAAGCCUGGUUUCAAGAGACAAUCAAGAAGCCCCGACGUGGCGGCAACGUGUCGGGAAUGUCGAGCGGGUGCUUGUUGUUG